GGAAGGAAGAACUUCGCCGUGUUUAUGUGGAAGCGCUCUCUUUAAACCCUGCCUUCUCUUCUUUCCGAAACUCUUCCUCCACACCAGAAUUACACCUCGGGGAUCUCCUAAACCGCACUGACCCGCUUCUCUGCUCUCUAACGUUCCUUUCACGGCUUUGUUUACAUCAACUCGCUCGUAGCUAACAAGCUAAACCAGCCACUUGCUAUCUGCUUCCGUCGCGUAGAGACGCACGGCACACUUUGAUGACGUAAAGUCUGUGUGAGACAAAAUAUAUAUUUUUAAACGUUUGCACCGCUCGUUGGCUUCGUCGCUGCGCUGCUGGUUCGUCUGUAGACUUACCGGAAUGUUCUGAUGCACAGAGCGACAAAGUUAAAGUACGAUUUUAAUCGCGGUUGCUGCCGUGAUUUCCACGUCAUCACGCCGCGACGGGACUUUCGACCAAUCCGAAGUCAGAACUGGCCUUCUCGGGUUUUAUUGUGGGGGGAGAAGGGGAUCGCGUCUGCACCUCGGGCGUGGGAUCUGUUAUGGUGAAUCGGUGCAUAAUAAACAGGUUUUGUUUACUGUUUGGUGAAAGGAGUGUGUUUUAGAACAGCCGAGGUCUGUCUAGAAGCCCGUGAGACUCGGUGAAUGAUUGAUCGGGUGCUUGAAUAACGUUACACCCGUUACCGGAAUUCUGAAUGGGUUGACAGCGUUGUGUAUUGCAUCGUGAUAAAUAAAAAAAAAACUAAUACUAAUAACAACAAAAAAACCGAUCUCGAGUAAAACAAGUCGGAUUGACGAGGCUUUCGCGAUGAACUCGAAGCGAAACAAUGCGGGUGAAAAUGGAGGAGGAGGACGCAUGAACCCGGCGAGUGAAGCCCAGGCGGGCGGAACGCACCGGAAACCCAGCAGCUCCUCGGGUAAAGCUGGAGCGCGAGUGGACCGGGCCGAGCACGCGCACGACAGCAGGAACUCCGUGUCCGUCUCCUCACUCAGGUCCCGCCUCGGUCCCACCAUCAGGUCCGCCCUGUCCUCCGCUGUGGAGACACUACUGGGUGAGAUCGCAGCGGUGAUGUCAGAAACCGAGGACGAGCUGCUGUCCAAAGAGCGUGAGAACGAGAGGCUGAAGGCGCGACUGGACGCCUCUGAGCGCGAGCUGAAGACGCUGCAGGAGUGCCUGUGCAGCGCGCAGAAGCUGAUCGAUCAGCUGCAGGGUCCAUUCAGUAGCCACCCUCUUCCUCCUUCCAUGCCCGGGCAGCACGGCUACACCAACCAGGCACCGCCCGCGAACGCAGCUCGCCUGACGCACCGCGGGGCAGGAGACGACAGUGACCCACGCUGCUUCGCCAACAGUGAGGCAGAGCUGAGCGGCGCGCUCGGAGACGCCAUCCAUGGCUUCGAGGCCAGGGACGAGUUCAAAAGCUGCCACCUGUCCAUCCAGGCGGAUGGCACCGUCACUAACAGCUACUACGACCCCAUGGCUGUGCACACUGCUGGAAUGUGCCACGACGUCAACAGGGCAGGCGAGAUGAGUGAUCGACGGCUGUCUCACCCUCCCUCACACUCUCCUUACGGGGUGAAAGAGGAACAGGCUCCCACAUCAGGGCCAGUGCGUGUCAGAGGUGAUGCCGAACAUGGUGGCCAGAGCGAGUGCGACCAGGGUUACGCCCAUGUGGUGGAGGAGCAGGGAGUUCCACGUUCCCGUAGACACGCCGCUAAGCACACUCCCUCAUCUGGCUCACAUAACGGCCCUUCGGCAUCCUCCACAGGAACGCCUCCGCAGGGGCCAUCCGGCCUCCGGGCCUCCUCCAGAGCUGUGUCUGCAGCGUCCUCUAGGCAGAGCCCCGGUACGAGUGACUCCUCCCCUGAUGGCCGUCGGCGUCGACGCCCAGCCUCGGAGCUGAUGGGUGAGGUGGCCGGUGAGCGACCUCAUCUGUGCCUGGAGUGUGGCAAGACAUUCCGGCUACUCUCGAGCCUGAAGAAGCACCUACGCAUCCACACCGGAGAGAAGCCGUACCCGUGCAGCGUGUGCGGACGACGUUUCCGCGAAUCCGGCGCGCUCAAGACGCAUCUGCGCAUUCACACUGGCGAGAAGCCGUAUGCGUGCAGCGAGUGUGGCGCACGUUUCCGCCACCUGGAUGGCCUCCGCAAGCACGGCCGCACGCACACGGGAGAAAAGCCGUACGCCUGCGGGGUGUGCGGGAAGCGCCUCAGCCGCCUGCAGCACCUCAAGCACCAUCAGCGCAUCCACACCGGCGAGCGGCCAUGCCGAUGCCCUCUGUGCCAGCGCUCGUUCCAGGAUGCCGCUAGCCUCAGGAAGCACCUGGUCAGCGUGCACCAGGGAGAACCGGGCGCCGAGGAAGCACACGAGAGGCUGGCGGCCGCCGAGCUCGGAGAGCACGACCUCCAGGGAUCUGUGGAGGACGAGGAGAUGAGGUUCGAGAUGUGGGAGGAGGAGCGUGAGGAAGGCGAUGCCGCCGUGGACUGCGUGUAGAAUUUCUUAGAAAAAAAAAAGUCACCCGAGAUACUGAUGAUGGCAAAAAUGUCCAUGAUUGAAAAUGCUGAUUUUUUUUUUUUUUUCCCCA